GGCGGGCGAGAGCGGGCCUCCGGGCGGCGACGGCGGCGGACGCGGCCUGAGGGAGCGGCCGGCUGCCGCGCGGGGCUCGCCUCGCCCGCAGCGGGGUCCAUGGCCUGAGCGGCCAUGUCCGGCGUGGUGCGGACCCUCAGCCGCUGCCUGCUGCCGGCCGAGGCCGGCGGGGGCCGCGAGCGCAGGGCGGGCGGCAGCGGGGCCCGCGACGCGGAGCGCGAGGCGCGGCGGCGCAGCCGGGACAUCGACGCGGGGCUGGCCCGCGAGCGGCGCGCCGUGCGGCGCCUCGUCAAGAUCCUGCUGCUGGGCGCGGGCGAGAGCGGCAAGUCCACCUUCCUCAAGCAGAUGCGCAUCAUCCACGGCCGCGAGUUCGACCAGAAGGCGCUGCUCGAGUUCCGCGACACCAUCUUCGACAACAUCCUCAAGGGCUCCAAGGUCCUCGUGGACGCGCGGGACAAGCUGGGCAUCCCGUGGCAGCACUCGGAGAACGAGAAGCACGGCAUGUUCCUCAUGGCCUUCGAGAACAAGGCCGGGCUGCCCGUGGAGCCCGCCACCUUCCAGCUGUACGUGCCCGCCCUGAGCGCCCUCUGGGGGGACUCGGGCAUCCGGGAGGCCUUCAGCCGCAGGAGCGAGUUCCAGCUGGGUGAGUCGGUGAAGUACUUCCUGGACAACCUGGACCGGAUCGGCCAGCUGAACUACUUCCCCAGCAAGCAGGACAUCCUGCUGGCCAGGAAGGCCACCAAGGGCAUCGUGGAGCACGACUUCGUGAUCAAGAAGAUCCCCUUCAAGAUGGUGGACGUGGGCGGCCAGCGGUCCCAGCGCCAGAAGUGGUUCCAGUGCUUCGACGGGAUCACGUCCAUCCUGUUCAUGGUGUCCUCCAGCGAGUACGACCAGGUGCUCAUGGAGGACCGGCGCACCAACCGGCUGCUGGAGUCCAUGAACAUCUUCGAGACCAUCGUCAACAACAAGCUCUUCGUCAACGUGUCCAUCAUCCUCUUCCUCAACAAGACGGACCUGCUGGUGGAGAAGGUGCGCAGCGUCGCCAUCAGCAAGCACUUCCCCGACUUCCGCGGCGACCCGCACCGGCUGGAGGACGUGCAGCGCUACCUGGUGCAGUGCUUCGACCGCCGGCGCCGGAACCGCAGCAAGGCGCUCUUCCACCACUUCACCACGGCCAUCGACACGGAGAACAUCCGCUUCGUGUUCCACGCCGUCAAGGACACGAUCCUGCAGGAGAACCUCAAGGACAUCAUGCUGCAGUGAGGGCCCGGCCCGCCCUCCGCCCCGCGCAGCGCCGCCAGCACCUGCGGGAGCGGCCACGCGGGCGGAGGACGGGGCUGCGAUGAGCUACUGAAUCCUGGGGAGGUACACUACUGAGACGCCGGCGGCAGCUGGUGGGACUGCUGUCGAGUGGCGUGGCUUUCUACAGAAGCGCCGUGUGCAUGCCGGCGUGUGCCCAGGUGUGUGUCCGUGUGCAUGUGUGCGCGCAUGUGCGUGCGCGUUCUCUAACACCAGCACCGAGCGCCGGCCUGCCCGGCUCCCUCUAACCCGCAGGUCUUCCUGCCACUAACCCAGAGCCCUGCCUCGCCGUAGGUGUAGGCGACCCAGUGCACAGACGCAGGCCAGUGCGGCCGCCGCGGGGUCUCGGUGCCCCUCCCAGAGGGAACACGUUGCCUUUUAAAACUCCUGUGCCACGUCCCGGAGCCCCCAGGCUGUGAGACGGAGCCCAGGGCCCAGCCUGGGCGGGGGGGGGGGCUCCUGGCGUGUCGUGCCUUAAUGCCUGGGGCGCUGCCUCCUGCCUGUCACCUUCCCCGCCGCAUGGACAGGGCACGUCCCUCCACGUAGCACUCGGCGGUGCUUAUUACGCUGACCGCCCUGCCCUGCCCCCCUCUCCCCCCGCGAAGACACACCCGCCAGCCUUGUAGGUGGCUGCUCCUCUGCGUCGCCUCGUGCCUGCAGGUGGCCGCUGUGGCGCAGCCCCGGCUUCCUGUCCGCGGCGUCUGGGAGCUGCAGGGUUAGCACAGCCCGUGUCCAGCAGGCGGCCUGUGCACCGCAGACACUGACCUUCAGGAAGCCCCGACCCCGCACCACCUGGGUCCUGCAGACUGCCACCACCCCAGUGCCUCUUACAGCCGGUCCCUUGCCAGGCCGCCCUCCAUCCGGGUCCUGUCCAGGCUCCGCCUCUAGAAUUCCACACAGCACGUGCUCCCAGCUCAGGGUGCUCGCGGGCCCGGUGGAGGCCCACCCCGGCAGGUGCCACACUGUUCAGUGCAUUGCAUUCCACUGCCCGCUGCGGGCCACUCCAUGUGGUUCUCGGGGGUCGGGCUCGCCUAGCACUUGAGAGAGAAGGAAAGAGCUUCCUCUCUCACCAGCACCAGAACUCACUGGCCUAGCCACACCCCGGGCCCGGUCCUCAGGCCGCCCUGGGCCCCUCCGGUGUCCCUUGGCGCCUCCCUCGGCUCCAUGUCAGCAGGCCCGGCACACGUGAGUCUGUGGCAGGGGCUGACCCAGAGGGAAGGGAGGACGCCCACUCCCGAGUCACCUUGUCACCGUGUUUAGCGAGGAGACGCACAGCGUGAGAGUCCCCGGUGCGUGUGCCGAGGGUCGGCUCUGGUUAGAAAGAAGUUGCUGAUUGGGUGCCGCCCCCUGUGGCUCUCCACGAGCCGAGGCUGUGGCCCAGGCCCGGCCGUGUGGCCUGGAGGGGAGGGCACAGGCCCGGCCGUGUGGCCUGGAGGGGAGGGCACAGGGCGGCUCAGGCAGGCGGUUCUGAGGUCACGGUCGCCUUCGGUGACGGGGGCGCCGGGUCUCGGGUGUGCGGAGCGGGCUGGACCUCCCGACCGGGAAACGGGGCUCAGGAGAGGCUGCUGGGUCCCGGCUGGGCCCCUGGGGCCCUGAGCGCUUUGCCUGUAGUCAGGCUGACCCGUUUGCUCGCUCACUUCCACGUGAGUGUGAGGACUGUGACCGCGUUGAGCGUGGCGGGAUGGCCCGGAGGCCAGGACCCCGACCAGCUCGGCCACCCCUCACCCCUGUGGGCUUCUCGCCGAGCCCGGGCGUCCCCGGCCGAGGAGGGUGUCCCGGCGCUGCUCUAAGUCCUGGGGGCGCCUAACCGGAGAAGAGUUACAGUUUGUGAGGCUGAACUAAACCAUUUACAACUUUCUACACAUAGACUAGUCCUUCUUGUUUCUGAAGCCUCGGCUUUUGUAAUUUUUUAUCUUAAUUUCACUGUCACCCUUGAUUAUUGUCUUUUGUAUUGAGAUGGAGGAGCAGGAGGUAGUGGUGCCUCAUCUAUUAUUGCAAAAAUGUAACAAUAAACUUCCUCAAAUAAGA